UGACAGCAGUGGUGAGAUCUUGAAUAACAACUGUGUGAUGGAGUACCACCAGACCACAGGCACUCUCAGUGCACACUUUAGAAACAUGUCUCUGAAGCGGAUCAGGCGUUCAGACCGUCGAGGGGCGGAGUCUGUUACCGAGGAGAAGUUUACCAUUUUGUUUGAAUCACAGUUCAGUGUUGGGGGAAAUGAGCUGGUAUUUCAGGUUAAGACUCUCUCUUUGCCUGUGGUGGUAAUUGUCCAUGGAAGUCAAGACAACAAUGCCACGGCCACUGUUUUGUGGGAUAAUGCAUUCGCUGAACCGGGACGGGUGCCUUUCAUUGUGCCCGACAAGGUGUUAUGGCCGCAGUUGUGUGAGGCUCUGAAUAUGAAGUACAAGGCGGAGGUGCAAUCAAAUCGAGGUCUGUCUGAGGAGAAUCUUGUCUUUCUCGCUCAGAAAGCCUUCAGCAGCUCCUGCAUCAACCCGGAGGACUACCGCAACAUGACCAUGACCUGGUCACAGUUUAACAGGGAGAGUUUACCAGGCAGGAACUUCACUUUUUGGCAGUGGUUUGAUGGUGUGAUGGAGCUUACUAAAAAACACUUGAAGCCUCACUGGAAUGACGGGGCGAUUCUUGGCUUUGUGAAUAAACAGCAAGCUCAGGACAUGCUGAUGUCCAAACCCAACGGAACCUUUCUGUUGCGCUUCAGUGAUUCUGAAAUUGGUGGCAUCACCAUAGCCUGGGUGGCAGAGAACCCUAACAAAGCAGGAGAAAGGAUGGUGUGGAACCUCAUGCCAUACACAACCAAAGACUUCUCUAUCCGCUCCUUGGCGGAUCGCAUCAGCGACCUGAAUCAUCUCCUGUUCCUCUAUCCUGACCGGCCCAAAGACGAGGUCUUCUCCAAAUACUACACCCCUCCACUGUCUAAAGCUGUGGACGGAUAUGUAAAACCACAGAUCAAACAAGUAGUGCCAGAGUUUGCGACACCUAACCCCGACCCUGCAGCAAACCCCACCUACAUGGACCAUGCAGCAUCUCCAGCUGUCAAUCAACCACAUGCUUAUGGACUCUAUCCUCCCAUUGGAGACCCUAUGUUGGACGCUGAUGGCGAUUUCGAUCUGGACGACACCAUGGAUGUAGCGAGGCAUGUAGAGGAACUGCUCCGUCGACCAAUGGAGGGCCAGUGGAGCGGCCAGCAGUCAUGACCUCUUGACCUAUGACUUCUCUCCCUAAACAAUGUUUUUUUUUUUUAAUACAUUUUUCUCCUUCUACUCUUAGUGUAUUUUCCCCAUUUGUUUCUCAGUGUGGGUCUUUAUGACUUUCAGUUUAGCUUUUUCUCUAUCUCUCUUUUUUCUCUUUCAUCACACCUCUUUUACUUUCCCCCAUCCCUUGUUUCUGUAGAAGAGAAAGGAGCUAAUGGAAGAAGAAAAAUACAAUGAGCCUUCCUCUAAUUAAAUACCACCAAACAGUAUUGUAGGAAAAGAGAGAGAAAGAGAGAGAGAGAGAGAGAGAGAGAUGCAUGUUAUCUCUUUUCCUUUGUGCAUGUAUUUGUUUCAAAUUGACUUUUCGCAGAACAAAUCUGUGAAACCCUUAAACGGAAAUGUACUACUGUAAGGAACAUUUUUAUGUUUUUCAAACUGUUCUAUGGUUUAUUUUGAGGGUGUUCCGAUAUCUAUUGCAUCUGAAGUAAAUGCAUAUUAUCCUUUGCACUCUUAAACGAAUGCUUUCUUGCAGACGAUGACAUUAUUGUUACUAUGGCGAUUGCAAUAUAACGCUUCUGUACACUAAAGAGUGUUUAGGUUGCAAGGCUGUUAACAUUCGUUGCAUCUACAUGAGCACCGACAGGCUGAAUGGGUUUAAUCAUCCCUUCGCCGUCUGUGUUUAAUCUGAACCGUGAACAUAAGUUACACCCACAUCCAAACCAGCAGCACCACGACCUGUCACUCACAUCGUUGAAACUGAGGUACACAUGAGAAACGCACACGCGCCCGCUCGCAUCCGUCCCACGUAAAGCGAUGGAAACACAUGGGGUAGAGAAAGGUCCGCUGAGCGUCUCGGCUCACGCUACACUACACAGGCCGUCUCUCUUUCUCUGUCUGUCUCUCUCUCCAGUGCAACAGGUGAUGACCUCUUCUGUUCUCAUGCUUCCCUCUCGGAACAAAACAAGAGAACCCGUCGUCAUGGUUACACAUACUGCUUCUGGAAUGCUCCUAACUGGCCUUCCUACUGGUUCGCAUUUCUGUAUGUCACCUUGUUACCGACCUGCAUCUUUUUUUCUUUCGCACUCUGCAUACACCUAGGCCACUCAGGACAUUGACGUACAGUUGAUGUAAAAUACCUAUAAUAAUAAUAAUCGAAUAUAAAUAAAAAUACGACACAUUUAAAAGAAAGUACCUACAUCCAGAAUAUAUGAAUUUAUUUUUUGUUAACAUAUUUCUAUUUUAUUACUGUAGGACGCUAGAUGGCUCCAUCCCUCUUUGUAGUGCAAAAUGACGCUUUACUGUGUCCGAUUGUCUGUAGAAGCCCUGACGUACUGAUCCAAAAUCAGUACUCAAAACUAUUAUCGACACAAAGCGGUCGGUCGCUGCCAUCUCAGUAGUUUCACUUCAGAUUUCAGCUGAGCUUUUGCAUGGAAGAAAAGGCCAAAUAGUGAAGUUAGCACGAAGAGACGUUUUCUGUGUGCUUACUGUAUGUGUAAUCUGCAAACCUGACUAAUUACUCCUACUUUUAGAUGCCUGUGUUCAUUUUUAAAGGAUGGUUUAUUCCUCACAGUGGAUGUUGUUUUUUCCCCCUCUCUAUUUCUCUGUCAUGGCAGAGACACAUAGGAAGCCGUGUGAUUUUUCUUUAUCUUUUUUAUUGUCUUUGUUUUCAAAUUGAUCUGUCAUGUUGUUGUGUAGACUGUUUCUCACUGUAUGUAUGUGUGUGUGUAUGUGUGUGUGUGCGCGCAUGUGUGCACGCACACGCAUGUGUUGGCAUGUUCAGCUCUGCUCUGUUUUGUGUUCGUCACAUGUUUGGAUGUAGCGAAGAGCAAUUGAAUUGACAAUAAAG